CAGGUGGAGGACACGCUAUUCUGUGUACCGCGCUCGAUGCUUCAGCGAUACUCCGAUGUCUUCAAGGAUUUGUUCGAGCUACCAACAUCUGAGAGUACGGGAGCUGAAGGAGAGAGCAAGGAGAAUCCUAUUGUUCUUGAAGAUAUCAAGGCGUGGGAAUUCAAGCAGCUGCUCAAAACCAUCUUUUUCAGACAUGACGAUCAACCUGUUACACAGGAAGAGUGGGUAGCCGUACUCAAGCUGACCCAUCGAUGGGAAAUGGCUGAGCUUCAUCGCGUCGCAAUGGAGAGCCUCUCAGCGAUGCCGAUGGAUCCGGUAGAAAAAGCCGGUCUUGCUCAGGACCUUGACAUUCAAGAAUGGAAGCUCCCAGCGUACCAAGAAAUCGCUCGCAGAAGCGAACCUCUGACAAUGAGCGACGUUGACAGACUAGGACUAGACACCAUCCUCAAAUUAGCUGCAGUCCGUGAAAGCAUCAUGAUCAACGUU